GAACGUGUCGGUGGUUUGACCGACAAAGAAUGUUCCGAUGUCUUUGGUACCUGGAACAAGGGUGUUUUGAACUCUUUCUUGAUCGAAAUCACUACCGACAUUUUGAAAUACAACGACACUGACGGUGUCCCAUUGGUUGAAAAGAUUUUGGAUCAAGCUGGUCAAAAGGGUACUGGUAAGUGGACUGCUAUUAACGCUUUGGACUUGGCUAUGCCAGUCACUUUGAUUGGUGAAGCUGUCUUCUCUAGAUGUUUGUCAGCUAUCAAGGACCAAAGAGUUCAAGCUUCUGGUAUCUUGCCAGGUCCAUCUGUUCCAAAGGGUGCUAUCAAGGACAGAAAGCAAUUCAUUGACGACUUGGAACAAGCUUUAUACGCUUCCAAGAUUAUUUCCUACGCUCAAGGUUUCAUGUUGAUCAGAGAAGCCGGUAUCCAAUACGGUUGGAAAUUAAACAACCCAUCCAUCGCUUUGAUGUGGAGAGGUGGUUGUAUCAUCAGAUCUGUCUUCUUGGGUGAAAUCACCAAGGCUUACAGACAAAACGGUGACUUGGUUAACUUGUUGUUCGACAAGUUUUUCACUGACGCUGUCACCAAGGCUCAAGACGGUUGGAGAAAGACCAUCUCUUUGUCCGCCUUAUACGGUAUCCCAACCCCAGCCUUCUCUACUGCUUUGGCCUUCUACGAUGGUUACAGAUCUGAAAGAUUGCCAGCUAACUUGUUGCAAGCUCAAAGAGAUUACUUCGGUGCCCACACCUUCAAGGUAUGUCCAAAAUACGCUUCUGACAAGAUGCCAUUGGACACUCCAAUCCACGUUAACUGGACUGGUAAGGGUGGUAACGUCUCUGCUUCCACUUACAACGCUUAG